UUCACAGAUCACUUUCACAACUUUGGGAGGCCACUCUUACUAUUUUUCUAAUGAGAAGAAAGCCUGGAGGAGCAGCAUGGAGCUCUGUGCACAACAUCAGUUGAUCCUCGCUGUAUUUAAGGAUAAAGCCGAGAUGGAAAGAGUACAGGAGCACAUCAAGACUCACAGCAAUCACAACUACUGGAUUGGACUGAGUAGAAAUGACACCGGGUUAGGCUGGCACUGGGUGGACGGGACCCCACUGAAUUCAAUCAGUUUCAGUUUGGACAGAAGUGACUCAUCUCAAGAAUGUUCCAUGAUAACAAGUUACGGCCUUAAAACCUCCAAAUGUGCCACAGAAAACAAAUGGAUCUGUCAGAAGAGCAGAACUGGGAGUGACACAGGACCAUCAUAGGU